ACACACAACAGUAUGAUUCCACAUGUUUGUCUUGCUGCCUGUCUGUCUGACUGUGUCUGUGUUUUCAUCUGCAGGUAGUGUAACAGAAAUGACCAAAGAGGAUAUUCCUGAGCUGUCCUCAGAAGGAGAUUCAGUACUGGAUAGAUACAGGAGCCUGUCCCCUGGUUCUGAGAGACCCGUGGUUCACCAAGUAGCUUCUCCUCCCAUGCCUGCAGACUGCGAGUUCUCCUUCUUCGACCCCAAUGAUCCAAAGUGCCAGGAGAUCCUGUUCAGCCCUCGAACCACUGUCUCUGAGCUGUUUGCUGUCCUGAGACAAUGGGUCCCGCAAGUGCAGCAGAACAGCAGCGUGAUCGGCAAUGAGAUCCUGAAGCGCGGCUGCAGUGUUAACGCUCGAGAUGGGCUGACUGACAUGAGCCUGCUUCAUUAUACCUGCAAAGCUGGAGCGCAGGGGAUCGGCGAUGCAGAGACUGCUGCCAGCUUCGCUUCCCAGUUGCUCAGCAUGGGGGCUGACCCCAGCCUGCGAAGCCGCUGGACCAACAUGUGCGCCCUGCACUACGCAGCCUACAUCGACGUGCCAGAGCUCAUCCGGGUUGUGCUCAAGGCAUCAAGACCAGGGGAUGUUGAUGCUACCUGCAGUGACUUUGAUUUCGGCACGGCCCUGCACAUCGCUGCUUCUAACUUGUGUGUACGAGCUGUGAAGUGUCUGCUUGAACACGGGGCCAAUCCGGCCUUCAGGAAUGACCGCGGACAGACCCCUGCAGAUGUGGUGCCGGACCCCCUCGAAAUGCCCCUGGAGAUGGCGGAUGCCGCGGCAGUUGCCAAGGAGAUAAGGCAGCUGCUGCUGGACGCGAUGCCCUUGGCCUGCGACAUCAGCUGUGCCAUGCUACCCAACUACAACCAAGUCUUGGGCAAGACCCUGCUCAGUUCCCUGGGCUUCAGAGUGGGUGACCGUGUCAUCAUCGCGGGGCAGAAGAUUGGCACGUUGCGGUUUUGCGGCACCACAGAAUUUGCCAGUGGACAGUGGGCGGGGAUAGAGUUAGACGAACCGGAGGGCAAAAACAACGGGGGUGUCGGGGGGGUGCAGUACUUCAGCUGUCCUCCCAAGUACGGUAUCUUUGCCCCUCUGUCUAAGAUCAGCAAGGAUUCAGAUGACAGGAAAACGACAGCAAAAAGCUCCACAGUGAGAUCCUCUACCCCCAUCCGGUUGCAGAAGAUCGACCUGUCCCACGUUACCUCCAAGAUAAAUACAGGUGCAUCCUCCAUCAAAAAACACACAGCAAAAAAGCCAUCUGCAAACCCCCCAGCGGUAGAUAAGCCCCCCGCUACACAACCAGGCUCAGUCUCUUUGCCUGGUUCCAGCUGCUCCUCCUCCUCCUCCUCCUCCUCCUCCUCCUCCUCCUCCUCUACAUCCUCCUUAGACAACAAACCUCAGCCCAGCCCCUGGCAGAGACCGGCCCACCCCCGGCCCAGGAACCCUGUCUGUACUAAGAGGCCCUCAGUCGACAGGACAGCGCCGUCUUGUGCCAGGACCACCGCCGGUAUGCAGACCCGCACCCCCUCCACAGGCAGUGUCCACUCCGAAGAGGCUGACAUCCAGGUGGGGGACAAGGUGCUGGUGGUGGGGCAGAGGACCGGGGUAGUCCGCUUCCACGGGAAGACCAGCUUUGCGCCAGGGUUCUGGUAUGGUAUUGAGCUGGACAAACCCAAUGGAAAGAACAACGGCUCCGUAGGGGGAGUGCAGUACUUCAGCUGUCCCUUCAAACACGGGGUCUUCGCACCCCCCUCCCGAGUGCAGAGGAUACAUGGUUCUAUGGAUUCUCUCACAGAUAUCUCCUCUGCUAGACGUAACCACUCCUUCCCAGGAAUCAAACGAAGCUUCAGCACCUCAUUGACCAUCUCUUCACAGAGAGAGCUGAGCAGGAAGAGCCCUGUCAACAGGUCGCGGCCAGCAUUCCUGCAUCGCAGCUGGAGCAGCACUAGUGCGGGGUCUGGCGGUUUGCCCCCUGCCCCGGACAGUACGGUGAAGCUACACCAGGGCAUGCAGGUCUACCUCACUAGCUCCAAUGCGAUAGCCACCAUCCGCUACGUGGGCCCUGCCGACUUUGCCCCGGGGAUGUGGCUAGGGCUAGAGCUGCAGACCCUGAAGGGCAAGAACGAUGGCUCCGUGGGGAAUUGCCGCUACUUCACCUGCCGGCCCAACCACGGGGUGCUGGUGCGGCCCAGCCGGGUUACCUACGGUGGCAUUAACGGGGCCCAGCUCGUGGAUGAGGGCAGGUAGGACCAGAGGCCACUGGGCAGAAGAUAGGACACUGGAGUAGGUCAACUUUCAUGGUUACUGAACCAGCUGUGUUGGGAAUUUACAUUACAUUGUGGUUUUCGCUCUAAAACAUGGCGUCAAGAACUGGAACACUGAUGUUUUCUAGAAAGCAUCCCAAGGAUCGCUCUAUUCUUCUAACAUCUAACUAAAUAAAAAUGUAUUGUAGACUCACUAUAUCUAGGGUGUAUUGAGAAACUUCAAGUUGUGAAUCCCAGGACCCCUCUCCAGUUCUGAUGAUAAUGCGUUUGUGGUGUUGUAAAAAUGUGUAUUUCUGCUUGAUGGAAUUGCGGUACUAAUGAUCAGGGUAUUUUAAGUGACUUUCUAACAUGGUUUUACUUUAUUUGUCUUCCUGUAGCUGUCCUCUCUAUAGCAUCCAUAUCCCCCAUCCAUUAUGAUUAUAAUUUAUUUUAUUGUAAAGUUUUGAGUGUUGUAACGAUCACUGCCUUUAAAACCCUUGUAAAGGUGGUUUAUUCUCCCAGAAAAGUAUUCCUUUGGAAAGAUAUUGGGAAUUUGUGAAAGAAAAGGUUGAUGGACCCUUGUCUGAUAUUUGGCUCAUACUAAGCACAGCAUUAAUGAAGGAUAACUGCCUACACAGUUGCCAGUGAUGUUUUAAAGCACAGGCACAUGCGCACACACAUACAUUUAGAAUUCUAAAUUGCUUUGUCAGUUUAUUAGUAGCCCUUUUGCACCUUUUAGCAAUAAAUUCCUAGAAAGUAAUCCAGGAUACUGGGUACUGGCUACUUAUGCAUGGUUUGUGGUUAGUUAGCCUUGUUAGUCCGGAUAAAAAAAAAGACUGACCACCUGUACAAGCACACAAACUAACAACAAACACAAGAGCACAAACUAGUAUAAGCACAGUCACGUACAAGCACAUACACCAUUUAAUGAAAGGUAAGUUACAUGAGCACUUAGACAAACACACAUACUGACAGAACUACGCACACUUGCACGACCAGUGAAAUCAUAUAGAAAAAAAACCUAGAAAAACUACAGCUUUCUCAAUGGUAAUUUAACAGCAUUUUUCCCUUCGCUACAAGCACACAGACCCAGAAAACUAAUGACCGCCAGCAGCAGUGAAUUCCAAACCCACACACUUUGUCAGUGUACUAAUAAAGGCAGUUGAACUAUUUUUUUUUUUAACAGAUGUAACAAGCUGAAUGUGCCCAAAUGAAGUGUGUUUUUGUAAUAUUACAUGGUAAACCAGGUCAAAUUGGUAGUGUAAUACAUUUAAACUUUUUUUAAACAUCACUUUAUUUGUUUUUAAACUGGAAUGUAUGGCUUACAGUCCGUUUAUUACAUGCAGUGCAUUAUUCAUGUAUUGUUUUUAUUCCUUUUGUGUACAAGACGUCUAUGGGGGUGUUAAGAGUUAGCAGCUCCUGCUUUAUACCGUAACACCUCCAGACACUUGCUACAAGAGCUGCCCAGUCUUCCUUCAUGGAAUCAGCAGCUGGUCACAGGGGCACCGAAACAUCUGUGUGCAGCUUUCAAACCUUUAGGAAUACGUUAAUAGGAAGAAACUUCACAGGUUCAAUGACAGAUGUUUUGACCUGAAGUCUUUCUCCUGUGUUCUGGAAAUGUUUGUCAUUGAACUUUUAGUAUUUUUAAAUGUAGCUGUAUUGAGUGUUUAAUAGCUGUCAGAACUCCCCAAUAGUGAGGUUAAUGUCAGGCAACCCUGUACGACUGAAAAGGGAAAUCGUUCAGUUUUGUUUCUCCAAGUUUUUAUUUUCAUACCAGUCUCUCUCCCAGUUAUCAUUUUGAUGAAUUUCAGAAAUUACAUUUGCUGAUUUGUGUGGAGAUCAAAAGGUGUAUUCAUAAAACAUCAGCAAGUUGGUAAGUGCAUUAGACUACAGUGCAUUUAAUAGUAUGCUAGCGCACUGUGAGCACAGACACUGAAGAGUACUGGUAGACUGUACCUCUAUUACUGAGGUAAAUGUAUUACACUUGCAAUAAUACAUUUUAUUUUUGGAUUGAAUUUUGUACAUCUAAAACUUUGUGUGCUAUUCUAUAUAUUGCUAUUUUUUAUUGUGUGGAUGACGUGCAUUUGAAUUGCAAGAUUGCCAAGUGCUUUCUAUCUGUUCUUAGUGCUUUUGCUAUAUUUUAAUGAUGAUAAACUCUUGUUUUAAUAAUAUUUUACGAUCUAAAAA